AUGAGCAGGAAUUUUUUCCCUGACUCCGAUGAUUCAGGGUCCGACUUCGACGAAAACACCACCGAUCUUCCGUUUCCCAAGCCAUUGUCGAGGACCUCGUUUCUUGCGCCUGAUUUCGACCCGGCCACUUUCCUCUCGUCGCUUACAAACAGACACCAAACAUUAGAGGAUUUGCGGUUGGAACUGCGAGAGUUAAGCCAGGGACUGAAUAAAGAGCUGCUUGAUGUCGUCAAUGAGAACUAUCAAGACUUCCUGUCGCUUGGUGGCGCUCUUCAUGGGGGAGAAGAGAAGGUGGAAGAGAUUAGAGUUGGGCUCUUAGGUUUCCAGCGAGAUGUCACGGAUAUACAUGCCAAAGUCGAAGCCCGGAAAACGGAAAUGCAGAGCCUGUUGCAAGAGAAGAAGAGCUACCGAGAGAAAGCGAACAUUGGAAGGUCGCUGCUUGAUAUUGCAGAGCGCAUUGAGGAGUUGGAACAGCGAUUGAUGAUUGUCAACAUCAAGAAGGCCAACGGUGUUACAAGUCCCUUGGAAGAUGUAGGUUCUGACGCUGGAGAAUUCGAUUCCGACGACACAGACAGCGAUGGAGAUUUAGAAGAUGAUGACGACGAAUCGGCAAUAAUACCAGUUAAAAAACUGGAGAAUCACGUUCAGAAAUACGUCUAUGUCAUUUCUGAGUCGGAGCGAAUAGGCAACAAUCAUCCCUUUGUGGUUGGCCAGCAACCCCGUCUGCAAAAGAUUAGGUCUACAUUGCUUCUUGAUUUGGACACGGCGCUUAAGCAAUCUAGAAAGGCUGGAACCAAAGACGAAGCUCGUACAGUCAAGAUUCUGCGGCUCUAUGACCUCCUAAAGGCAGAGUCAAGCGCGGUUUCUGCUCUCAAACAGCUUUCGAUAUAG